AUGAAGAAAGAAUUAAUAUUAGUGGUUGGCAUUUUUGCUCUAGUUUGGUUGACUCCAAGUCAGUGCAGUCAGGAACACGUGAGGCCCAUAUUAAUGCACUACAAAUGUGUGUGUCCCGCUGCUUUCAAAUGCCAGAAGGAGUUCAAAUGUUUACGAGACGUCAUGGAGUGUUACUGCGACCAGUGCUCUUGCUUCCCGCCUGGAACGACCCAUCAAGGGAGUGCCAGAAAAAAUUUUCUGACCACGGUAAAGCGUCAGGCCCUGAUGGAUUCUAGUGCAAUGCAACUACGGAAUUACGUUCCAAUAUGA